AGACUCCAGGCGGAGGAGCCACGGCACCCCAAUCCCCGCAGCCCCGGAGCGGGAGCUACGCGCACAGGACGGUGCUGAGGCUGCGCCGGGAGAGCAGCAGCUGCGGAGGCGGUGGCGGUGGCGGUGGCGGUCGUCCCUGGGUCCCCAACGCAUCAUCGGUGCUACCGCUGAGCCUGGGCCCCCAAGUAGCCGCGGCGACUCAAGUUCCCGCCAUGAACAGCUGGCUGGCAGGGCUCAUCAGCCCCGGGGACUCCCGUCUGGGCGAGCGCGAGCGCAGCGCCCAGCGUCCCCGACGCGCCUGACGCUGCCAUAGCAAGUCCCGCUACCUCCACCGCCACCGCUGCGUCCCCGUCACCACCUCCGCCACUACCGCCUCGGCUGUAGCAGCAUCUCCAGCAGCAUGUCUCGCAGGAAGAUCUCAUCCGAGUCCUUUAGUUCCCUAGGUUCUGACUACCUGGAGACGAGCCCAGAGGAGGAAGGGGAGUGCCCCCUGUCCAAGCUUUGCUGGAAUGGCAGCCGGAGCCCGCCAGGGCUCCAGGGUUCCAGAGCGGCAGCCAAGGCUACCACCCCGGCCCCCGCUGCCGCGGCCGUGGCCGCCGCCGCCGCCGCUGCCGGGUCCAAGAGGGUGCAGCGCCGCCGGAGGGUCAACCUGGACUCCCUAGGCGAGAGCAUCAGCCUCCUGACGGCACCCUCGCCUCAGACUAUACAGCUGACUCUCAAGAGGACAUUGCAGUUUUAUGAACAUCAAGUUAUUGGUUAUAGGGAUGCAGAAAAGAAUUUCCACAAUAUCUCUAACAGAUGCUCCUAUGCAGACCAUUCCAACAAGGAGGAAAUUGAAGAUGUCUCAGGAAUUCUUCAGUGUACUGCUAAUGUACUCGGUCUGAAGUUCCAGGAAAUUCAAGAAAGAUUUGGUGAGGAAUUCUUUAAGAUAUGCUUUGAUGAGAAUGAGAGAGUCCUUCGAGCUGUAGGUGGCACACUGCAGGACUUCUUCAAUGGCUUUGAUGCAUUGUUGGAGCACAUUAGGACUUCUUUUGGGAAACAGGCCACUCUGGAGUCACCAUCUUUCCUAUGCAAAGAGCUUCCUGAAGGAACUCUUAUGCUUCACUACUUCCACCCUCACCAUACUGUGGGGUUUGCAAUGCUGGGAAUGAUUAAGGCUGCAGGAAAGAGAAUCUAUCAUUUGAAUGUGGAAGUGGAGCAAAUUGAAAAUGAAAAGCUGUGCUCUGAUGGUUCAAAUCCACGCAACUGUAGCUGUCUUUCUUUUCUUAUCAAAGAAUGUGAGACUAUUCACAUUACAAAGAAUGUUCCACAGGGUACUUCCCAAGUUCCUGCAGAUCUCAGAAUCAGCAUCAAUACCUUCUGUAGAGCCUUCCCAUUCCACCUGAUGUUUGAUCCCAACAUGACAGUUCUUCAGCUCGGAGAGGGCCUAAGGAAGCAGCUUCGAUGUGACAUUCACAAAGUGCUGAAGUUUGAGGACUGUUUUGAGAUAGUCUCUCCAAAGGUUAAUGCCACUUUUGAAAGAGUCUUGCUGCGUCUGUCAACCCCAUUUGUGAUAAGAACCAAGCCUGAAGCUUCUGGUACUGAGAAUAAAGAUAAGGUGAUGGAAAUCAAAGGACAAAUGAUUCAUGUUCCAGAAUCAAAUGCCAUUUUGUUUCUGGGCUCUCCAUGUGUGGACAAGUUAGAUGAACUUAUGGGCCGAGGACUACAUCUCUCAGACAUCCCUAUUCAUGAUGCUACUCGAGAUGUCAUUUUAGUUGGAGAGCAAGCAAAAGCCCAGGAUGGCUUGAAGAAGAGGAUGGAUAAAUUAAAGGCCACCUUAGAAAGAACUCACCAGGCCCUUGAAGAAGAAAAGAAGAAGACAGUGGAUCUACUGUAUUCCAUUUUCCCUGGUGAUGUAGCCCAACAGUUGUGGCAAGGACAGCAAGUGCAAGCCAGAAAGUUUGAUGAUGUCACCAUGCUCUUCUCAGACAUUGUGGGCUUCACAGCUAUAUGUGCCCAGUGUACUCCCAUGCAGGUGAUCAGCAUGCUCAAUGAACUCUACACCAGAUUUGAUCACCAAUGUGGAUUUUUGGAUAUUUACAAGGUGGAAACAAUAGGGGACGCAUACUGUGUUGCAGCAGGGCUGCAUAGAAAAAGCUUAUGCCAUGCCAAGCCCAUUGCUCUGAUGGCUUUAAAGAUGAUGGAACUUUCAGAAGAGGUUCUGACCCCUGAUGGAAGACCCAUUCAGAUGCGGAUAGGCAUUCACUCGGGCUCUGUGCUAGCUGGUGUGGUUGGCGUGAGAAUGCCACGAUAUUGUCUUUUUGGAAAUAAUGUCACUCUGGCAAGCAAAUUUGAAUCAGGAAGUCAUCCUCGGCGUAUCAACGUCAGCCCAACUACUUACCAAUUAUUAAAACGAGAGGACAGUUUCACAUUCAUUCCUCGUUCCCGUGAAGAACUUCCAGACAAUUUUCCAAAAGAAAUCCCUGGGGUCUGCUAUUUCCUGGAGGUAAGGACUGGUCCAAAGCCGCCAAAGCCUUCUCUGUCUUCAUCAAGAAUAAAAAAGAUUUCCUACAAUAUUGGCACGAUGUUCCUUCGGGAGACAAGCCUCUGAGACCUGCUGAGAAUCAAAGACUCCUCCAAAAAGCACAAGCCCAGAACAUGGGUCCCAAUGACGGGAGGAAGGGAUUGCUUCUCUUCCAAUGUUCUGUAAGAACAUAUAGUAUAGUUUCUGUGUCAAUGUCAUGCAAUAAUCCUUGAAACGGUGAAUAACUGCUGCCAAAAAAAAGAAAGAAAGAAAGAAAGAAAGAAAGAAAGAAAGAAAGAAAGAAAAAAGAAAGAGAGAGAAAACUGGAGAGUGGGAGGGAAAAUAUGAUGUAUUCAUCCAUAUGAGUGUUUCUGGUCAUAUGUAUUUUAUUUACAAGUACAGCCCCCUUUUCAAAAGUAACCAGUCAAUAGCAUCUGUGUUUUCUUGCUCAUCACCCAUGCAAGUAUCUCUUCCUAUAUAUAUUUGUACCACUUUUGAGAGCCAGUUUUGAAUAUAUAUUCCUACAUUUAGUCAACUGGUAGGUAAGGCAUAUUCUCUAAUUAUCUUUCCCUGAAUAGACAUUCCGUACAUAAAUCCUGAAAGUGUGGUUAAACUUCCAAGCAGGAAGAACUCAGCAAAAUAUUUUAGGGAUACUACCUAUUUUUAUAAAUAUAUACAUAUAUAUCUUCUUACAGAUAAUUACAUUUCACACAACAUGAUUAGAUAUUUAGAAUGUACUGUUGCAUUGUUGGAAUAUUAUGUGAUGUCAACCUACUAAUUUAAUAUAGUUUCACUUAUUUAUAGAGAUUAGUGCUUAGACUGAGAGUAUAUAUAACCAAGGAUAUCAGCUGUUGAGAAAACAUGUGUCUGCUUAGUGAACACAUUUUUUAGAUUUAUUUAAUGUAGCUUGGUGUCCAGAGGAAAUGGAAUUUUCUAGUAGCAGAUAUGUCUGUAACUAAGAUUUGGGAAAGAUCUUUUUGUAAUCUUCAAAUGUGUAUCAGUUAAAACAAACUGCUUUGCAAUACUGAGCUCUUUUCCAGUUAGAACUUAGGAUUGUAGAUGGAGUUUGCAACCUGAAAUAGCAUCUUAUGACAUGAUAUAUUAGUAACUUCCCUUCCUGUCUUUACUGAUGCUAUCUAAGUACCGACUUCCAGUCUCAGACAAAUCCCUGAAGCCAGUGUUACUGACAAAAGCCUGUCAGGACAUUUGUUUUUUAUUGCCUAGACACAAAAAAAGAAAAACCCUGGAUACCAUGGCUUUGAGACUCUUAAAAAGCAUAUUCUUCUGCAGUUUGAUAAAGCUUUUGAAGCAGUGAAUCUGCUCAGGAACACUGGAACAGGUCUAACUCCUGAUCUAGCAAGUACCAUAUAUAUACAGAUAGGUUUCCAUUGCAUGUUCUACUAAAAUGAUGGCCUGCUACCAAUAGCCAACACUGCAUGAAAAAAAUUAUUAUGGGCUCACACUGUAAUUAGAAAUACACAGUGUGGCCAGAAUUUUUGUAUUUGGAAUCAUCUAUAAAAACUAAACUUCUGAAGAGUUCAAUGACCUGGAAGCAUUUGUUGUUGAAAUAUUAGAGUGGACUUUUUCUUACUCCAGUAUAUAUACUCAACUGAUAACUAUGUUUAUUGGAUGCAAUAUACUUUUUUUCUGUUCAGGAAUUUGGGGCUGCAUUAAAGAUUUUAUAACAUAGUUUAGAUAAGAUAUAUAUUAAUUUUCAAUGUCAUCUGUGAAGGUUAAUCAAUGUUUUUUCUUUAUUGUGUGACUUGAGAACUUUCAAAAUAUGCAAAGUACUUGUUUUAAUCAUGGUCUCUCUCUAAUUUGAGCUAUGUUCUUGCCCUGGUAUAUUGGAGACAUGAGUUCAACAAUCUUCACUUGGAGAAGGCAAGAUAUACUGCCUCCAGGUUCUAAGCUGUUUCCUGUUCCCCCUUUUCCCAGGCAUAGGUCUCUAUUUUUACAUCAUACUGAUAGAUGGCCAGAGCAUGCCUAGGAGGCUUUGUAGCCUGAAUCUGGUGUAUUCUCAUGAGAAUAAUAAUAAAUAAAUUUCUUCAAGAGACUUGGGUAUUAGCCCACCUCCUUCAAAGUAGAGGGAUUGAGAGGAUUUUUAGGGAACGUGGAUGGAAUAAGCUAGAAACACAUAGUAGUCAUGCUCGUAUUGAAAAAAGUCUGAAGAAAGCUUAGAGUCUCCUUACUGUUGAGGAAAUGGAAAAAUCGCCAUGCUCACUGAGGUCAUUUAUGCCUAUUAUAUGCAGUAACUGUAUUUAUUAUGAUAUAUUCAAUUAUUCAAUAUUCAAUAAACAUAUUCUGUAACCAUAUGACUGAAAAAAAGAUUUCCAAGGAACCAUCCAAUCUAUUUCUAUACUUUCUGCAAAGAUUUAUCUGAGCAACUAUCUUAAACACACAGUUAUUCUCUCUGUAUUUAAGAAAAUAUGUGAGAAAUGUACAUACACACACACACACAAACACACACACUGUGUGUGUGUGCAUUUUUUAAAACCUACUAUUUGAAAUCCACUCCAGUAUUCAGUGACUGGCUAUAGGUCUCAAAAGGGGAAUUUGUUCAUUUAUUCUCGUUUUCUCAAAUCAUUGCAAACUCUGCAUUUGUUUACAUUUGUUUACAUUAGUUUACAUAGGGAGGAAAUAGCCAUUACACUUCUGAAAUGUCACCUUAAAGAGCAUUGCAGAAAUCUAUUAUAUAUCACUGACAGGAACCUAUACUCUUCAAACACUAUAAUCUAAACAUAUUUCUGAAGAGAGUCUGAGGAAACUGUCUAACCUUUUAUGAGUUUUCCAAACUAUAUCAAAUGACCAUAAUAGUUACACUGUUGCUGUAUGUGCUUGUGAGGCACUAUGUAAAAUGGUAAAAUAAAUAAAUAAAAGUUUCUUUAUUCUGUUAAUUCUGACUGCAGUCAUAUAAGGUAGAAGCUAUGAAAAUUUAUACUUUCAUUUUUCCUACACAGUGGAGUUCAUAUGCCCUACAUUAAGAAUUUUGACUGCAAAUAUGAGACAGUAUUUUGAUUUUAUUGACUAAUAUCUCUCCAUUACUUUCACAUGCUUACAACUCUUAGGAAUUGUAUACAUUUUAGUGUGUCAAGUUGAAAGGAAUUUAGAGAAGUCCCAAUAGAAACCAAGUGAUUGCAUAUUGGUGUAAUGUGUUUAGCUCACUGCAAAAAGAAUGAUUUCCAAUGCAGCAUGCACUUAUAGCUUCCCUGAUUGAAUAUUGGGUGAUGUAGCUAAUUUAGCAAAGGGACUUUGCAACUAGAUAUUAUUACCAAUAGUUCCCUCAGGCAGAAGGAUCAUUUGAUGAGAAGAACACCAUCAUCUACCAAAAAAUCAUCAAUUUAGCACAGUUAUAAUCUCCAUAUAUUUAUCCAAAUCUUCCUAUAUAGAAUCUGCCUUAUGUAGUUUAACAAACAGCAGUGGCUACAAUGAAAGAGUAAGAUGUCUUAUAAACAUGGUUAGGCCUUUCAGUUGUAUGUAAUGAAGGUUAUCUGUGACCCAACUUUCUAAAAUCUACCUCUGUAUGCAUUUCUCCUAUUGUAUUUUAGACUGCUUUGGGUUUCUCUUUCAAUGCCAUAUUGUAUGUGGAGUCCAGUGAGCUACGAUCCAUAGUUUUGACAUAGACCGUGAUACAUAAAAGUGGAGAAUUGGUCUGUGGAUUCAGCACACAUUAGUUCUUAAAGUCUCAAACUUUCCUGUCUUGUGUAAUGACUGUGAUUUCAGGAUAGAGAUACAAGUUCAGAAAGUGAAAGUUUGUGCCUCCAGGGAAAGCAAAACAGGAUAUUAAAGAGUUAAAACAAAAUAUCAUUCUCAAGUGCAUCAAUCCUUUUAAACUUGCAAAUUCUUCCAAAGAGUUCUAGCAA